AAAAAUAAAAAAAGUGAUUCAACAUUAAGAUAUUUAUGAUUAUCUAUCUCGGAUACCGACAUACAAUUCAUCCUACUCAUAUUUCAACAUCUAUGUCCUAUAUAUAAAAUCAAAUAUCAAAGAACAAGUAACUCUCACAGAGCAAGGGUAUAUCUUGACCUGAGCUCCAUGAUGAAGAAAGCAGAAGUGGUGAUCAUCCCUUCUCCUGGUGUAGGCCAUCUAGUUUCCACCCUCGAAUUUGCUAAGCUUCUAAUCAACCGUAACAACCGUCUCAGAAUAACUAUUUUAGUCAUCAAAUUACCACACACAACAGAAACUGAAAUCUACACAAAAUCCCUUCCGAACUCCAAUUCUCUCAACAUCAUCAACCUUCCAGAAUGUUCUCUUCCUACAAACUCCAAUCUAGGUUCCGCCAUGAACGCUAUCCUAGAAGCGCAAAAACAAAACGUUAAACAGGUCGUCGCUGACCUCAUCACUGAACGAGAAGAUGGAGUACUCGCUGCAUUCAUUUUUGUCAUGUUCUGCACUAACAUUAUUGAUGUUGCAAGAGAAUUAUCCGUCCCUGCGUUUGUGUUCUUCACUUCCGGUGUUGCUUUUCUUGGUUUGAAUCUUCAUAUUCACACUUUGUUUGAAAGAGAUAACAUUGAUUCAACUCAGUUGAUUCAACUAACUGAGUUGGCUAUUCCAAGUUUCGCUAAUUCGGUUCCUACAAAAUCCUUGCCUAGUUCCGUGCUACACAAGGAAUAUGAAUCGUUUUUCAUGAAUUAUGCGAAAGGUAUCAAGAAUGCUGAUGGCAUUAUAGUAAAUUCAUUUGAAGAGCUAGAAUCCUAUGCUAUUCAUUCAUUUUUCUCUCAUCCUGGACUAGCUGGUUUACCGGUAUAUCCAGUGGGACCUAUAUUAAAUCCGGAGCCAACAACUAAGGGCGUGGUUGAUUCUGAUGAUAUCAUCCAGUGGCUCAAUGAUCAACCACAUUCCUCGGUGGUUUUCAUUUGCUUCAGGAGUAGGGGUUAUAUGGAUGAGGAACAAGUUAAUGAGAUUGCACUUGCUAUUGAGAAUAGUGGGGCCCAUUUCGUGUGGUCUCUACGUAAACCUCCACCGAAGGGAACUAUGGUUGAGCCCUCUGAUUACACUCUUUCUGAUUUGGGUUCGGUUUUACCUGUAGGGUUCUUAGAUCGGAUGGCAAAGAUUGGAAGGGUAAUUGGAUGGGCUCCACAAGCCCAAAUACUAGCUCACCAAGCCACAGGCGGAUUUGUUUCGCAUUGUGGUUGGAAUUCUAUACUCGAGAGCAUAUAUUUUGGUGUGCCUGUUGCCACGUGGCCGCUCUUUGCUGACCAACAAACAAAUGCUUUUCAAUUGGUGGGUGAGUUGUAGAUCGCUGUGGAGAUUGCAUUGGAUUAUAGCGUGCAUCUUAAUGGUGAACGUUACUAUCUUUUAACUGCCGAUAAGAUUGAGAGAGGAAUAAGAAAUGUUUUGGAAAAGGAUGGAGAGGUAAGGAAAAAAGUGAAGGAGAUUAGUGAAAAAAGUAGAAAGACUUUGUUAGAGGGAGGAUCUUCCUACAUUUUUUUAGGUCGUUUGAUUGAUUAUAUUAUAAAUCAAUAAUCAAAUUAAAUUACCCUAGUACCAAUCCACCAAAUUGUUGCUCUUUCAUUUCUUUUAUGAAAGUUUUAGUAUAUUUUGCUGA